GCGCAGCAUGCAAGCCCCGCCGUGCCGUCCAGCUGCGUCCGCCUUGUGAAGCUCCACACGUCAUGACGUGUCAGCAACGCUCGUUCUCUCGCUCGUCCGAGCAGUCCUUCCUGCCCCUUGCCAUUCCAAGAACGUUCUCCGCGGCGCCUCCUCCUCCUCCCACCACCCCAUCCCGUUGCUGUAACUCCGAUAAGCGCGCGCCGCCGCCGACGGCCUCAGAAGCCACCUCCGAGCUGCCAUCCGCGGGAAGAGCGGGUGGCUUGACCGAUUCUGCGAGGACGAAGGGGACGACGAAGGUACGAGGGCGUGGCCUGCGCGUGACCACCGCGGGCGAAACCAAAGAAUGGCGUACCGGGCGGAUGACGACUACGACUACCUCUUCAAGGUGGUGCUCAUCGGCGACUCGGGCGUCGGGAAAUCCAACCUCCUCACCCGGUUCACGCGCAACGAGUUCAGCCUGGAGUCAAAGUCCACAAUUGGGGUCGAGUUCGCUACCAGGAGCAUUAGGGUCGACGAUAAGGUCGUCAAGGCGCAGAUCUGGGAUACCGCUGGCCAAGAGAGAUAUCGUGCAAUUACAAGCGCAUAUUACAGAGGAGCUGUCGGUGCGCUUGUUGUGUAUGAUGUGACACGCCAUGUGACCUUCGAGAAUGUGGAGAGGUGGCUGAAGGAGCUCAAGGACCAUACCGAUGCUAACAUUGUGAUCAUGCUAGUCGGCAACAAGGCCGACCUGCGCCACUUGCGGGCUGUCUCUGUGGAGGAUGCCAAGGCAUUUGCGGAGAGGGAAUACACCUUUUUCAUGGAAACCUCUGCCCUGGAGGCCAUGAAUGUAGAGGACGCUUUCACUGAGGUGUUAACCCAGAUCUACCGAGUGGUCAGCAAGAAAGCUCUUGACAUCGGCGACGACCCUGCCGCUCCACCACGAGGGCAGACCAUCAACGUAGGGUCCAAAGACGAUGUCUCUGCCGUAAAGAAGGCUGGAUGUUGCUCAUCCUAAUCCGUAGACUUUGAAAAGUAUACCGGGCCCUUGUUUAUCAUUGAUGGAUGGGUAGCUGUGUCUUGGGCGUGCUUCUGGAGACCCAUACUUAACCCAGGGGGUUGGAAACGAUAUAGUAUAAAACACUAACAGUAAUAGAACUAGCAGCCGUUUUUUUUGGAGGCAGUCACGGUAUCCUAAUUGUUGCAGUCUUGGUUCAUAUCGGACGUCAAGGAUCCCUUCCACAAUGGUUUAUGUAUGUACCCUAUUAAGUAUGUGUAACUGAAGCUUUCAUCCUUUUCUCCUUUCUUUUGAGAGAAACUGUUGUUAUCUUGUUUGUAUGAUUCUUCACAUUUUGCUAAUCAGUGACAUAAUGUAAA